AAAUAAAUGUAGAAUAAAACAAAAGAAUAAAAAGUGGAAAAUCUUUGAAGCUGACACUCUACAGCUAAAUCAAACUGUUUAGACUUAUGUGCAAAGUAAGGGGUUUUGGUGCAGAGGGUUACUUUAGCAUUUCUUUCUGUGGAGAGAAAUGUCAAUGAGCAUGAAAGUGUUCGUAAACACACGCAGAUGAUGGGUACAAUGACUCAUGCAGACAAAAGGAAAAUUAAGAAAGCUGACAAUGCAAGGGCUGGUAUUUAAAGCAGGAGGGGUGUGUAGUGAGCAUUCUUGUGGAGUAGCCAUUAUUUAUUAAGUAGAGGCAGAGUGAGUCGAGCUAUACAAAAAUAUAAUGAGACAUGCUUCAAGGAAUUUGCAGCCUAUUACAAACUCAGAAGAAACCACUGCAGGCACAUAAAGUACAUUAAGUGCUGGUACAAGUUAGCAGUGGUGAAGGAAUCUGGCUGAGGUCAUUGUUGAAAAGCAUUGUGAAAGGAAUGAAUCUGGAGGAGGAGGAGAGGGGAAAGUCAUCUGAGGUGAAAUUCUUUGGAAGACUUAAGUGGACCUGACACCAGCUCCUCUGUGUGGGGGCAGGGCCUGAGCCUGUGUCUCUGCACCAGGGAAACCAGAGGUCUCCUGCAGAAACAGCUGUGGGCUUUGGAACCUGCAUGAUCUAGAUCCAGUGUGUUCCCCAUGAAUCUGCAUCGUUUACCACUUGAGAGAAGAUCCUUCAUAAAGCCAAGCUAGGAGCAUCCGCACUGGGGAAUGUGGAGAGUGUGCAAGCUUUGCAAAGGAGAGGCAGCUGUGUGGAUCAUCAGCAUUCCUAAAGGAUCUGAGGUAUCCUGCUGUGGACCACAUAGGCUCCUUAGUGACAGAAACAAAAGGUUACUCUUGCCGUGAUUAGCCAUAUAUCUUGGUGAACACACCCAGUAAGAUCUCAUUUAUCAAGAUUACAGGGUGAGCAGGGCAGCUCCAGGACUCUUGUUUUCUCCUCGUCUUGAAGGGUUUAAAGUGGAGUGUCAAUGUGUUUCCAGAGGACUGGAGAAUGUUAUGAAGAUUGUGCUUGCAAGGGACUGUCAGUGUCACAUUAAGAUGUUGCUGCAGCCUCACUGUCUGCCAGUUCCUCCUGAUUUGAUGAGAAUGAUGGGGAUGGUUCCUGAGGACAGAAGAAUAUUUUUAAUUUGGUGUUGUGUCUACAAAUUUAGGCAGAUGUAAAUCUGAACUAGCUGGCUUAGAGCCAGGUCCAGCCCUGAAAACAGCAGAAAAUGUGGUGGCAUGGAUGAAAUGUAAUCUCCAGGGAGAAAUGUACAAACAGCUGGGAGAGCAAGAAGGAGCUGCAUUGUGCGGCAGGAGUUUGUGGAGCAGAAUUUUAGGGCGCUGGAGUGGAUCUCAGUACCAUCAUGAACCUUUUCUGUUUUUCUCUGGAGGGCUCCAUGGACAGCUUGUAUGAGCCUGUCCCACAACAUCAGGAAGCCAAGGAUACAACUGCUCCUGAAAGCCAGGCUACCACUCCAGUGAGCACAGACGUAAGCUGUGGGCCACCUGACAGAUCUGUGUCUUUGGAGUUUCCUGACUUUGAGAACACACUGACCAAAAAAAGAAAAUCCAUCCAGAAGUCCAUGUCUGAAAAUGAAGCAUUUGACAGGAAAAAUGUGAAUGGCACACUUUGGCAGGGUUCCAGGAAGCCGGAGCAUGAUUCGUGCAUCAGAAGGCACUGCCAGCUUGAAGAAGAUAAUAUUAUUGCUGAUGGAAUACAUUUGCUCCAAGGAAAGAAGAUAGAAGAAACAACAUGUCAGGUGAUAAACUAUGAGCAAUGGAUCCCACCACGAGUUCACAAUCCAGGUGUGCCUGGCAACACUGAAAUGGGUACAGAACCAGACAAUAAAGCUGAGUCCAGGGGAACAUUAAAAAGAUUGCAGAAGUUGGUCCGAACAAAGAGAACAAGUACACAGAGCUUGGAAGACGUCAAGCAAGUUCUGGUUCCCCUCAAUACCUUAGAAGAUGCUUAUCUCUCUGAAGAGGAUGAAGAAGCAUUAACUUCUUGCAUGAAGCUGACAAAACCUCCAGAAAAGAAGACAUGGAAAGAUAGCACAAGGAGAAAAGAAGAGGCUGAGACCAGGAUGGAUUUUAUUUCUGCAUCUCUGGGCCGCUCAUACACUUCCAGACUUAAUAACUUAGGAACAAUUUCAAUUCAUUCCGAAACAGAAUUUCACUUGUGGAGUGACUGGAAGCCGUUUCCUGACAACCAGCUCUGUCCUUGUGACUUUUUAAUUUCAAAAAUAGAAGAAUGGGAAAACUGUACUUGCUCUUCUCAUCAGCCACAUCUUACAUAUUCCCUAACUGAUAUGGAUCUACAAUACUCCUGGCGCACGAGCAGCUUUGGAAGCUUCGACCGCUUCAGGCAUCACUCGAUAUCCAAGGCAGAUGAUUCAGCUGAGAUAUCUGAACUGGAGACUAUAAGUGACAUCGGGGAAGCAGUACAAAUCAAAGCAGCAAAUAAUGGAGGAAGUCUGAGUAAGAAGAUGAGAGCCAUUUCACUUACCAUGAAGAAAAAGAUGGGGAAAAAAUACAUCAAGGCACUCUCUGAGGAGAUGAAUGAAGAGGGGAAAGAUGACAAUGAUCCUGGUGGUGGAACACAGACUGAGAAGGUCUCCCUAAAAACCAGUGACUCUUUGGAAAGUCUCUACAGUCUGAACAGUGGCCAGAGCUCAUCUAGUGGGGUGACCAGCUGCUCGGACGGCGCCAGCAACAGGGACAGCCUGCGGCUGGAGGACGAGGCGCCCUACAGCGGGCCCUUCUGCGGCCGCGCCAGGGUGCACACCGACUUCACGCCCAGCCCCUACGACACCGACUCGCUGAAGAUCAAGAAAGGAGACAUCAUAGAUAUCAUCUGCAAGACUCCCAUGGGCAUAUGGACAGGCAUGCUGAACAACAAAGUGGGAAAUUUCAAGUUCAUUUACGUGGAUGUUAUCUUGGAAGAAGAAGCUGCACCCAGAAAGAUAAACCCACAGAGAGGAAGCAAAAGGACCAAGCCCAAAACAUUGAAAGAGCUCCUGGAAUGUGUCCACCUGCAGGAAUAUGCCUCAACCCUCCUGCUGAAUGGCUAUGAAACUCUAGAGGACUUAAAGGAUCUACAGGAGAGCCACCUUAUUGAAUUAAAUAUUUCGAACCCAGAAGACAGGGCAAGAUUGUUAUCAGCAAUUGAAAAUCUCCAGGACUGUGACAUUGAAGAAGAGCAGAAAAGUGAGGCUGGACAGGAGACGCAGAACUUAAGCCUUCACCAGAGUUUUGACAAAUCACAGUUAAAUGACUGUCCAAGAGAUUCUGGCUGUUACAUCUCAUCAGAAAAUUCAGAUAAUGGUAAAGAAGAAGCAGACCCAGAAGCCCUGUCUGACAUGGUGCAGUCAAUAACAAUCAGUGAGCCAAACUGAUUCGGUCCUGCUGCUUUUCUGCAGAUUUUCAGAAAAGACAAUCACAUUUGUCAGUAUGAUGGCACAGAAGCAGAACACAAAAUAUUCUCAACACUGAAAAUCUACUUUUUUCUGAUUCACGAUGCUCUAAACUGCUUCAUAUGUGGACACUUGAUAGGUAAAUGUUAGUUGAUAAUAAGAAUUUCUCAUGUUUUUCUUUUCAAUGAAUAAACAGGCAUUUCCCCAAAAAAGUUUAUACGGAAGUAUUUAUAAAUAUUUGUACAGUGAAUGCAUUUUCUACAAUAAAAAAGAAUUUUUUUAGGUAGUGGUUCGUGAUCUGGAUAAGUUCAUUUCUGGAACUGUCCAAAAUGUAAAUACUGUACAUAUUUAUUUUAAAAUAUAUAUGGAUUAAUCACCCUGUCUCUAUUUUCAUCUGUGUUUUGCUGACUUGUGUACAGAAUGUAUUUUCAUUGAUAUAUCAUCAUAAUAAAAAGGUAGAUACAGUCACACCCUACUCUGAAAAGCACCAAGCCAAUUCUCACUAAUAUUAAAGCUGUUUCACACCACUUGCCUCCAAAAUGAGCUCCAAAACGAGCUCCAAAACAGACUGUCAUUUCCUGUACUUUUCCCUGGAGGCUUGAGAGAACUCUAGGGUGAAUAUGAGUUCAGCUCUCUGUGGUCCUUAUCUUGGGAAGGACCUGGAAGUCCUAUCUCUGGAAGAACAGAGCCAUCAAAAUGGCUUAGGCAGUGGCAAUUUUUUUACGGUUCUUUUCCCACCUGUUCCCAAGCAUUAUACAGAGAAUUCAAACUUGGAGAGAAAACCCAUCAGGAUCAGUGCUAUGCUUUUAUGAUAACGUUUUGUGAAGAUGCUGCCUUUUGUGUGUGGUGUGAAGUUUGUUAAUAGGGUAUUUGUUUGUGUACAGAACUCAGAAGCUAACAUGGUUAUUGUACCUGACUGUCUUUCAUUUGAGAUUUUAUUGUCUUUCCCAGUAUAUUUCACACUGGAAUACACAUUUUAAUUGCCUGUCUUAUUUUAGAGAACUUCCUUCAAUAAUAAACAGAAUCAUGUGUUUAAGACCUUUAAAAA